UGAUGAGCCAAAGCCGCCUCGGAUCAGUGCUGCCUCCGAGUGUCCAGUGUAAACCGUCCGUUAGUUCAGUGUGCCGCGAAUUACAUAAAUUACCAUGUCUGCGCUCCUCCUGGUGGGGGUUCUAGUCAUAGCAUCCACGUCAGCGGAUGUCAAACACGUACUAGACGGCUCGGCACACCCCCCCGACCCCAACUCCAUCUCCCCCCACGCCGUCAACCACCUCGCCACCCAGUACUGGUGGAUGGACGCCGACUCCCCCCUCAAGGCCGCCUACGACUACUACAAGCGAUGCGCCGCCAAGAACAACUGCGUGUCGCCGGUGGACCCCGCCGCCCCGCCGCCGCAGCCCUUCGUCCCCACGGUCAACAUCAACGUGAAGAAGAACCCCUUCCUCAACGGCGACUUCAACUCCCAGAGCGGCAACGCCGCCUACAACGACAAGCCUAAGAUCGAUAUUAAGAAGAACCCGUUCCUGAACGGGGCGGUGCUGACGGCGGGAGACGGCGCCCCCGUUACCAAGGACGUGGGCGGCUUCCUGGGGGUGCAGCCGGCGCAGCCCUUCGGGAAGAAGCCGGGAUUUGCCACGACGCACCCGCUGGAACAGAAGGACAAGAAGCCUGGGUUCGCGACGACGCACCCUCUGGAGCAGAAGGACAAGAAGCCUGGGUUCGCCACGACGCACCCGCUGGAGAAGGGCGCGCUGAUUUUCGACAACGUCACGGUGGAGUGCAAGGGCAAAGGGUUCGCUUGUGUGGAGAAGAGCGAGUGUUUGAAUGGAGUGGUCAACACGAACGGAGAAGGAAUUCUUCAGGUCAGGAGUGACGUGAGCUACUGCCGCGAGGACACGGAGGUGUGCUGCCAGAUGAACAAUCUCAACGAAAUUACUGCGGGGAAGAGCUCCACGAUCAAGUUCGCCGGAGGUUCGGGCUUCAGUCCGGGCCUCAUCCACGUGCAGCCGCAGCCCGAUAUCAUCUUCGCCGGAGAGCACGGCCACCACUCGAGCUCCACGUCCAAGUCCAUCCGAGAUACCUCUCUCAGUCCCAACUCUGUCUUUUCUAGCACUGUAGACUACAGCGACACGCAGUUCGACAGUAACGUGCGCUUCGCGUCCACUUUCCAAGGACCGGGGUACCUGCCUCCGGUGGGUCCGAGCACCCCUGCCCCCAGACCCUUCGAAACUAAGCAGCCUAAUAUCAACCAACAGUACUUCCCGAGCAGGCCCUCCACUCAGAAAUAUAUUCCGCCUGCUCCCACCACUCCCCGGCCCGCCCCCUCCACGACUUACAGGCCGGCGCCGUCGGCGACGACUCCCGCGUACAGGCCCCCGGCCCCUUCCACUACCUUCAGGCCCGCCCCGCCUGUGACCUUCAGGCCGGCGCCUUCUACUUCUUACAGGCCACCGGUUACGUUUAAACCCGCCCCAACUACCAGCAGGGAGUAUUUGCCUCCGAGGCCGUCCACUCCGAGACCGACUACCACGAAUAAUCAGUAUGUACCACCCUAUCAGCCGAGUGUCACUCCACAAAAACCAUAUCAGCCAAGCGUGACACCACAAAAACCAUAUCAGCCAAGCGUGACACCACAAAAACCAUAUCAGCCGAGUUUCACCACUCAGAGGCCAUAUCAGCCAAGUGUCACUCAGAAACCAUAUCAGCCGAGUUUCACUACACAGAGGCCAUAUCAACCGAGUGUCACUCAGAAACCAUAUCAACCGAGUUUCACUACACAGAAGCCAUAUCAACCGAGUGUCACUCAGAAACCAUAUCAACCAAGCGUGACACCACAAAAACCAUAUCAGCCGAGCGUGACGCCACAAAAACCAUAUCAGCCGAGUUUCACCACUCAGAGGCCAUAUCAGCCAAGUGUCACUCAGAAACCAUAUCAGCCGAGUGUGACACCACAAAAGCCAUAUCAGCCGAGUGUCACUCCACAAAAACCAUAUCAGCCGGCGAUAACUACACAGAGGCCAUACCAACCGAGCAUUACACCUCAGCAACCGUACAGACCCAGCGUGACUCCUCAGAAACCGUACCAGCCCAGUAUAACUCCCCAGAAACCCUACCAGCCGACCACACCUCGUCCGUUCCAACCGUCCUAUCAACCAUCGUAUCAACCAUCUUAUCAACCUACCACGUCUAGACCCACAACCAGUAGGGAGUACCUUCCUCCGAGACCUUCGGCACCGUUCGUCCCUCAACCGUCCACUCCUAGGCCUAAUCCUUUCAUAACGCAACCCACGACUCCUAGGCCCACGUACCAGCAACCGCAGACCAAACCCCCGAGUUAUAAGUAUCCUAGUCCCAGCGGACCGACGACGUACCCUAGGCCAACUCCAGGUCCUUCGUUCACGCAACCUAGACCAACCCCAGGCCCUUCGUACUCGCAACCAACCUUCACGCAACCUAGACCAACCCCAGGCCCUUCGUACUCGCAACCAACCUUCACACAACCUAGACCAACCCCAGGCCCUUCGUACUCCCAGCCGACAUUUACACAACCUAGACCAACACCAGGUCCUUCGUUCACGCAGCCUCGACCAACACCAGGUCCUUCGUAUUCUCAACCAACUUUCACUCAGCCUAGACCAACUCCAGGACCUUCAUACUCUCAACCAACUUUCACACAACCUAGACCAACUCCAGGUCCUUCGUACUCUCAACCGACGUUCACGCAGCCUAGACCAACUCCAGGUCCUUCGUUCACGCAGCCUCGACCAACCCCAGGCCCGUCGUACUCUCAACCAAGUUUCACACAACCUAGACCAACUCCAGGUCCUUCGUACUCUCAACCGACGUUCACGCAGCCUAGACCAACUCCAGGUCCUUCGUUCACGCAGCCUAGACCAACUCCAGGUCCCUCGUACUCUCAACCAACCUUCACGCAACCUAGACCAACCCCAGGUCCUUCGUUCUCUCAGCCGACCUUCACACAACCUAAGCCUACUCCAGGUUAUCAGUACCCGACGCCGCGCCCUCAGACCAGGCCCACGCCGCCUCCGUUCAGACCGACGCCUUCCAUUCCCAAGUUCCCGAGCUCUCCACAAUUCCCAAGCCAGACGUCCCCGCAGCCUAGACCCACACCGCCGCCAGGAAACACCGGCUACCAAUAUCCCACGCCUAGUAUCCCGUUCCCCAGUCCGAGCCCCCAGCCUAGGCCGACUCCACGUCCGCAGUAUCCGAGCCCGAGCCCGCCGCAACCUAGACCCCCAGCUCCUAAGUACCCCAGUCCGAGCCCUCCACAACCUAGACCUCCAGCGCCACAAUUCCCAAGCCCGAGUCCCCCGCAACCCAGACCUCCAGUUCCACAGUUCCCGAGCCCGAGCCCCCCGCAACCUAGACCUCCAGUUCCACAAUACCCAAGCCCCAGCCCUCCACAACCUCGACCCCCAGUUCCACAGUUCCCGAGCCCUCCACAACCUAGACCUCCAGUUCCACAAUAUCCAAGCCCUAGCCCUCCACAACCUAGACCACAAUUCCCGAGUCCCUCACAACCUAGACCACAAUUCCCCAGCCCCAGCCCUCCACAACCUAGACCGCAAUUCCCUAGCCCCAGCCCUCCACAACCUAGACCGCAAUUCCCUAGCCCCAGCCCGCCACAACCUAGACCGCAAUUCCCCAGCCCCAGCCCUCCACAACCUAGACCGCAAUUCCCUAGCCCCAGCCCGCCACAACCUAGACCGCAAUUCCCCAGUCCCAGCCAGCCACAACCUAGACCGCAAUUCCCCAGCCCGACUUCCCCACCUAGGCCCACGCCGCCUCCAGGAAACACCGGAUACCAGUACCCCACUCCCAGUAUCCCGUUCCCCAGUCCGAGCCCCAGCUCCCCACGCCCCAAUCCGUUCAUUCCGCAGUCGACGCCAUCUCCGCCCAGCUUCAUUCAACCAUCUACGCCUUCCAGACCAUACCAACCCAGUACGCCGAAACCGUACCAACCCAGUACGCCAGCCCCUAGACCGUACCAACCCAGCACGCCGGCUCCAAGACCGUACCAACCCAGUACACCGGCUCCAAGACCGUACCAACCCAGCACGCCGGCUCCAAGACCGUACCAACCCAGUACGCCGGCCCCCAGACCGUACCAACCCAGUACGCCGGCCCCCAGACCGUACCAACCCAGCACGCCGAAACCGUACCAGCCGCAGCCUACGCCAGCCCCUAACCCAGCCGGCGGCUACGACUACCCCAAGCCCACCCCGUCGUUCGGGUACCCGUCGACCUCGCGCCCCGUCUUCGGAAACAGCAACGUCAACAACCAGUACAUCCCGCCCCCGAAGAAGCCCGGAGAUAACCCCGACCAGAGCUACGAAGCCGCUAACGUAGACGGCGCUUUCGUGCGCCCCACGACACCGAGGACGUCGUUCCAGGGCGAGCUCAACACAGCACCGCCCCCGGGUUGCGCCGCCGCCCUGAAGUGCGUCCAAGAGAUCUACUGUACGGCGGAAGGAGUGAUUUCCCCAGUUCCUGUAGUGUUGACCAAAGAGCAAGAGUUGAGUAGAGUACCGACGACGGUGUGCCAGGACACAGAAUCGGGGAUCAUCGGCAAGUGUUGUCGCGACCCCAACUACAAGGACCCCUGGCCGUCAGCGAACCUGGUGGACGGCGUCGACGACGGACAGUACAAGGAGGACAAUAACUUUGGACAGUACUCGCCGGAUCUGCAGCGGCCGGUGCGGUCGGACAAAGGGGGGCCACGACAAGAUUUUUCGAGUACGAGGAACACGAACGUGGAGGUGCAACCCACGUGUGGGGAGCGUCACAAGAACACCAAUCCUCCAGGUCCUGGACCUUUGGACGUCAACUUCGCGGAGAUCCCGUGGCAAGCGAUGAUUUUGAGGGACUCGAAUAGGAGUUUGUUGUGCGGGGGGGCUAUCAUUAGGAGGGACGCAGUCCUCACGGCGGCUCACUGCAUAGAAGGGAUAGAAACCAGCGAUAUUUUGAUCAAAGGAGGAGAAUGGAAGCUGGGGAUCGACGAAGAACCUUUACCCUUCCAGAUCGUGAAGGUGUCGGUAGUGGUACGACACCCGCAGUACCAAAAGGGAUCCUUCGUCAACGACUUGGCUCUCCUCAUCCUGGAGGAGAAGCUGCGGCCUGCCAAGAACAUCGGGACGGUGUGUUUGCCGCCUCCGAACCAGAUACCCACCAAGAACUGUAUAGCAACCGGCUGGGGCAAGAGAAUCCUCCAACUUCACGCAAAGGGGGCUAUUAUGCAUUCGAUAGACGUUAAGAUCAUGGACAACCAGCAAUGUCAAGAGACUCUAGCCAAUACAUUCCAACACGCGUCGAGCAACUACAGUCCGAACACGCUCUGUGGCUACUCGGAUAUCGACCAAUGCAGGGUUGACUACGGAAGCGCUCUAGCUUGUUCCGACGGGAAUCAGUACACACUUUCUGGUAUCUACGCCUGGGACACGGGAUGUAAGCAGAAGGGACAGAUCGGUGGUUAUGUGGCUCCCGACGUCGAUUGGAUAGAAAGCACGCUGGCUAAGCCAGUCCGAGAACUCAAGCUAAUCGAACAAAACUAAAAUAGAUGUCUUUUGUAAAUAUUGUUAAAAAUCAGGGACAACGAAAUUUUUAGGAACGGUUAAGUAUUUAAAACUGCCAUAUGAAGUGGAUCGUGUAAUUUAAUUUUUAAAUGUACUUUACUUUUGUAUUUAAUUAGUGCUGGAAUACUCAGUGUACUGUAUAGCUGUAGCUAUUUAUAACGAUGUGGUAUAAAUAAAAAACUUUU